UAUUGAUUUCAAGCAGAUAUAACUAGUUGGGCAAUUCAUCUUCAGCACAUGUAGCUUGUACCAGAGUAGCCAUGAAAACAGGAACAUUGUUAUUGCUGCUCUUGGCAGUCACUUCACUCUUUCUUUCAUCAAUUGAGGGCCAGCAAUAUCAAGGAAGAUGGAAAUUGUUGAAGAGAAGCAUUGGAAUUUCAGCAAUGCACAUGCAAUUGUUACCCAAUGACAAGAUUAUCGCUUUUGACAGGACAAAUUUUGGUCCAUCCAAUCUUUCUCUGCCUCAAGGGAAGUGCCCUACUGAAUCACAAACCACUGAUUGCUUUGCUCAUUCUGUGGAGUUUGAUCCUUUUAAUCGAAAUAUUAGACCACUCACCAUACUUACUGAUACAUGGUGUUCGUCAGGAGGAUUGUCACAGGAUGGAGUGCUGUUGCAGAGUGGUGGAUAUCGGUUUGGAGAACGAGUUGUCAGGACUUUUAAGCCGUGCGAAAGCUGUGACUGGACAGAGGAUCCAAAAGGCCUAAUCUCACCUAGAUGGUAUGCUUCAAAUCAAGUUUUACCAGAUGGGAGAUUCAUUAUUGUUGGUGGCAGAUAUCAGUACAAUUAUGAAUUCAUCCCUAAAACGUCUAGUUCUGAUCAGACAUUGUACCAACUUCCAUUUCUGAAAGAAACCAGAUAUUCUCCCUUGAUCCCUAACAACCUAUACCCUUUCUUGCAUCUCUCUCCUGAUGGAAAUCUCUUCAUUUUCGCUAAUGACAGAGCAGUUUUACUAGACUAUGCCAAAAACAAGGUGGUUAGAAACUACCCUGUCAUGCCUGGAAACGUUUCGCGAAAUUAUCCAAGCACUGGGUCCUCAGUUUUGCUUCCUCUGGUACUCGUCAGCAACUACAGCACCAACCCAGAUGCGGAAGUUUUAAUCUGUGGUGGCACAUCGCCAGAUUCAAAUCAGAAAGCGGAUGCAGGACAAUACGUUGAUGCAUCAAAAUCCUGCGGCAGGUUAGUAAUAACGAGCGCAAAUCCAAGUUGGGAAAUGGAGGAAAUGCCAAAGAAUAGAGUGAUGGGUGACAUGAUAAUGUUGCCGACAGGAGAAGUUCUUAUCAUAAAUGGUGCUGCCAAAGGAACUGCUGGCUGGAAUGCUGCAAGAGAACCAGUAUUAAACCCUAUCCUGUAUAGGCCCGAUGUGGAAAAAAAUAGCAACACAAGCAGGUUUGAGAUAAUGAGUCCUUCUCCAAUUCCACGUUUAUACCAUUCAGCUGCUCAUCUACUAUCAGAUGGUCGUGUCUUGGUUGGCGGCAGCAAUCCUAAUAGAAACUACAACUUCACUACAGUCUAUCCGACUGAGCUGAGCCUGGAAGCAUUUUAUCCUCCAUAUCUCAGUUCAAAUAUUCCUAGGCCAAACAUCACUGCGAUAAAGCCAGGUGGAAAUCUUGAUUACAAGCAGAAAUUUUCAAUGGAGUUUCAGUUGAAAAAUCAAGAAGAUCCCAGAAACAUUUGCAUUACAAUGGUAGCACCAUCUUUCACUACGCAUUCUUUUGCCAUGAAUCAGAGGUUGUUAGUUUUAGGUUUGGACAACAAUGGUACAAAAAAAGUGGCUUCCGGCAAGUAUGUUGUAAAUGUUAAUGCACCAGGAACCGCAGCGCUAGCACCGCCAGGAUAUUAUCAGCUGUUUGUGGUCCAUGAAGGUGUUCCUAGUAGAGGAAUAUGGGUCCAUAUCAAGUAGGGGUGGUUGUGUUUCAUGAAUUAAGAAAUUAUGAUAAUAGAGUGGUGGUCUUUCCAAGAACAAAUUGCAAAGUCUUUUAUAUAUAAAUAUAUGUUUUCCUGUUGAA